CCCCCGCGCGGGGGAGCGGCAAGAUGGCGGCGGUCUGAGUGCGGCCAUGGCGGGGGCGCUGAGGGCGAUCAGGACGGCGGGGUCGGCGCGGCCGUUCCACUGCAGGGGCCUGGGCGGGGCAGCGGGGCCGCCGAGCACCCGCCAGCGGCGGGAGGCCGAAGAGGCCGCCCCAGUGUUCCAGUACACGGGGAAGGCGGCCAGGCGCAAGGACCGCGUGUUCGUGUGGGGCUUCAGCUACUCGGGAGCUCUGGGCGUCCCCAGCUUCGUGAAGCCUGAUGCGGGCUGGAAGAAGCCGCGGCGUAUCCAACCCACGCCGUACCGCCUGGAGACGGAGGAGAAGAUAUCCUCUGCUGCCUGUGGUUAUGGAUUCACACUGCUGGCCUCUAAUACCACGGACAUCACCAAAGUGUGGGGUACGGGGCUCAACAAGGAUUCCCAGCUUGGAUUCCAGAGGAGCAGAAGAGAUCAAACUAAGGGCUAUGAAUAUGUCUUGGAACCGUCUCCAAUUCCAUUACCACUGGAGAAGCCGCAGCAGACUCGAGUCUUGCAGGUGUCCUGUGGGAGAGCCCAUUCCCUGGUCCUGACAGAUAGUGAAGGAGUUUUCACAAUGGGAAACAAUUCUUAUGGACAGUGUGGCCGGAAGGUUAUUGAAGAUGAAAUUUACAGUGAAAGCUAUCUCAUUCAUCAGCUGAAGGAGUUUGACAGCAGAGUUGUCCAGGUAGCGUGUGGGCAGGACCACAGUCUGUUUAGAACCAAGAAAGGUUCAGUCUAUGCAUGUGGAUGGGGAGCUGAUGGACAGACAGGUCUUGGACACUACAACAUCACCAGUGUUCCUACUAAGCUACGUGGUGACAUUGCUGGAGUAAACAUUAUCCAGGUCUCUUCCUAUGGGGACUGUUGUCUGGCUGUUUCAGAUGAAGGAGAUGUCUUUGGUUGGGGAAAUUCAGAAUACUUGCAGUUGGCAUCUGUCACAGAAACCACACAGGUGAAUGUUCCCAGACAUUUGCCAUUCAAGAUUGGGAAGAUAAAGGAGGCUGCCUGUGGAGGGACUGGCAAUGCUGUGCUAACAGAAGAAGGAAAUAUUUUUGUCUGGGGAUAUGGAAUUCUUGGGAAAGGACCAAACCUAAUAGAGACAGCAGUGCCAGAGAUGAUCCCACCCAGCCUUUUUGGCUGGUCAGACUUCAAUUCGGACAUCUGUGUUGCUCAUAUUCGCUGUGGACUCGGCCAGUUUGCAGCACUUACAAACAGAGGAGAACUGUUUGUAUGGGGCAAGAAUCUAAGAGGGUGCCUGGGAACUGGAAGAAUGGAAGACCAGUAUUUCCCGUGGAGGGUGACUGUACCCGGUGAGGUGGUGGAUGUGGCAUGUGGAGUUGAUCAUAUGCCAGGUUCUUCAGCUCCUCCUUGCAGAGAAUCAUGUGGCCAUGGUGCUGUGCAGCCACGCUGCUGACUGAAACUCAGGACCCAGCAGUGACUGCCCUAAUGUAAGCCAUGAAAGGGCUGCAGGGCUCUGGGGAUGCUUCACUGGGAUCUCUGCUGGAGCUCUCCAGGCUCCUGGGCAUCUUGCACCCUGCGGUGAGCCGGUAAAACUAAGUCUGGCAAAUACACUAGCAGCAUCUCACUUUGUCUUUUAAGGAAAUAGGAUGGGGCAUGUUUGUGGCUCCCAGAGAAGAGCUGAAGGAUGGAAAUGGUGGUGGGUACCAUCAGUAGGGGUACAGUACACCUGGUGAUAGGUCCUGGACACUGGAGAGCCUUGGGGAUGUCUGCUGGCCUUCCUAAAUGGUGUGAGGCCCAGUGUGGCUGUAAGCAAAAGAAAUUAGAGUUACAUCUUAUAGACAAUGCCAAGCUCUGCUUUAUUUUCAUCAGUUUGAUCAGUACAAAAGCAGACAGCAUAAGUUUCACUUUUUAUUCUUUUUUCAUUUUAAUUACUUUACAAAGUACAAAAUAUACUGUCAUUUAUUUUGGAACAUUAGGAUUUUUUCUUUUUUUCUGUUUUGUUGUUUUUGUUUUUUUUCAUACAGUACAUAAAUCUCAGCUUUUCAGCAUAAGACCAGCAAAAAAAAGCAGCGUGUGCACUCACUGGGAAAGCAAAGCAGCCACUUCUCAGCUCCACGCCAUGCCCAGCACAUGAUCUCCAGCUGCCGCCACCACUCCCUCUGCCCCAUGGUGUAACAUCCCCCUCGUGCAGAGGUCACAAAAGAGACUGAUGCAUUCAGGCUCCCCCGUGCCUUGUGACCUCAAGCUCACAGGAGCUGCUGCCCACACGGUACUCAGCCCCACUGAGCCCACAGGCACUGCCCACACGGCUGCAGCCCAGAGCAGGGGGUGUAGCCCAGGUCCCUGCACUAGGAGGAUGCCCCCCUGCCCUGUCAGUUUGCAUUAGUCUGGUAAUUAAAGGAAAAUAAAUACACUUUUUUUUGCACACUCUCCCCCCUUCCCCUAGUGGAAACCUCCAUGGGGUUCCUGAGGUGAGCAGGGACGAGAGGCUGCAGGAGGCUGGGGUUCCCAGCCCCACUUCAGCCGGUUUGGUGGGUGUCUGAGGACAAAAGUGGUAUUUCAGUUACCAAGCAAAUACUAUAUAAAUAACUUAUUAAAUAAAGUCAUAAAAAUUUGUGUUUCCUCCCCAGGCUGUCCAGCACAGCUGUUCCAAGCAGCUUCUGCACAGGAGCCUCUCUGCUCUCUUGGCAUUUCUAGGAAUUUGGGUUCAUGCUGUGGCCAUCCUGGGCAUCUGCAGGGAAUCUGGGCUCCUUCUUGAGUCCAGACAAAGGGGAGACAGAGAGAAAUCCUCAGUCUUGUUCAAGCCACUUGAGGCACUAAUAAAGUGGUGCUGCACUAUGGCCUGAAUGUGCACCGUGCAGUGGAGUUGAGGCAUAACUCUGCACUCUUCAACCCUUCAGGGUUGAUGGCUUGCUGCAGCUUAGCCCAGAGGAACCAAACUAAGAAUUUGCCCUAAGCACUAAUGAGGAGGAUGAGGCUCCCUCUGUGCAAUGUUCCCCCUGGACUAACCCUCCCUGGCUGCCUCAUGGUCGUCACCAGUGUGAGCCAGUGCCGCACUGUGGAGCUGCAGCCCGAGUCGUUGCAAGGAGGGGCUGCAGGUCCAGAGCAUGUUCCCUGGGCACUGUGACCCAAAUCCCAGCAGCACUAGGACCUGCUGGCAUGGUGGGAGCAGGUGAACAUGUUAACCAAAUUGAGGUCAUCAUCCCCCUCUAAUUUUAGUUAAAACAAGGGGAGAAUGGACUUUGUUGGGAGGGAGUGAGACAGGCUCUUCCAGAGGCUGAAACAGAGCAUCCAAAACUGGAUCCUACUGCCUGGAAGCCUCCUCCUCUGCCUGUCCCAAGAGCCAUGGUCAUCCUACUGCUCUGGUCACCAGGAUGAGUGUGUUCCCUCUCUGUCAUGGCCGUCCUCAGCUGCUGCAGACACAGCACGGAGGAGGAGGAUGCACUGGCAGAAACCAUGACUGCCACAGUGCUAAAAUGAAUGUCCUGCUCCUCAACUUCAUGUCUCACAAGCCCCAGUGCCAAGCCUGGAGCCCAUGCAUGGGGGAGGGAUGACAGAAUACCCAGCCACAGGCAGCAGGGACAGGGUACAGGACAUUGCUGGCUGUGACACUGAGCACAGUCCUGGGCUGGAAAGAGGCAGGUGAGUGUCCCUACCCUCUGUAUUUCCAGGUACUGACCCGGGGACUAACAACACUCAGGUGCAAUUCUCAUACCCCUACGAUCAAUAACCUUUGGACUGGCAGGAUUAUUUUUAGCAGCAGUAGCAGAAGGAUUUGGGGUGAGAAGUGAGAGCAGUCCCGGAUCCAGCACAACCAGAAGCACCUAAAAAGACUGCCCUGGGACACCGAUCUGCUCCUCUGUUCCACCACACUAAUGUUGGAGCAGUUCACAAUUGCAGAGCAAAUCAAAAACCUGGAGGGAGAAAGCACUGAGACACGGGGCACGUAGGGGAAGCCUGGUGGGCAGGGCCUGAAGGAGAAUGAGGGCACGAUUCAUUUUUAAUUCUAUGAUACAACUAAAAAAAAGGCCAGGGUCAUUGAACUGGCGCAGACAGCAUCUGCUCCUAAUGGUUGAAGGAGAAACGGUGCUCCUCCUGCAGUGGCAUCCUCUUGGUACCCUGAACCCCCCAGCCCCCAUGCUGCACCAACAUACAAACACACACUGCCAGGGAAAACACAGAGGUUUGUUGCCAGGAAGGAGAUGUUAGAACUCAGGGACUUCUGCAAGAUCAGGCUUGGUUCAAUAGCCUGCCUACAUGUACUGCAGGGGAACAGCACAGCUGGAUGGGAGAGCCCCAAACACCCUGUGUCCCAGGGCUGAACCACGGCAGGGUCCCACACCCUGUGCAGGUUGGUCCUGCCUGGAGACAGGUCUGCAGCUCCCACAGUUUUAAAAGCAACACUAGCUCUUCAGGUAAUUUCAGUGACCUCAAAAAUUGAAUCCCAUCCCAAGGCUGGUAUUAGAAAUAAUUGCAAGAAACAGCUACAACAAAGGCCGUGGGUUUUUUCUUCUUUGCCCUACACAUAUAACCUCCUGGCCCCUUCCUUCAGUGUCCCACUUGGCAAAUGCUCUUUUGCUCUUCCCAACAACCACAAACCCAUGGAAAAGACUGUUGGUUUUCUUCAGCAGAAGGGAAAUUCACUUCACAUCCCCUUCCAGCUGAUGGGAAUGACUGUGCAGGCAGCAAGGACAAGGAGGGCAAGAGGGUUCUGUUUACUUUGGCUGUCUGUCCCAUGUGACCUGUCCCCAGAGCAGCAUCCUGCCAGCCUGAGUCUGGGGGCUGCUUCAGCAUUUCAGCAGGCAAACAGGGCUGGACUCCUCUUUUGGGGCCCAAAGGAGCAGUAUAUGCUCACAGCAGUCAUCUUGGCAAGUCAGGUGCUUUGAGCAGCAUUCCCACAAGGGCCAGGGAAUCGAGUACCUAGAAAAUUAUGUUUUUCAAGUUACAAAAGAGCUGGUAGGAAUAAAGAAAAAGCUUAUUACUGUAACUGCAGAAAGCUGGUUUCAAAUCCUCAGGACACUGAGCAGAUAACAGCAGAAAGCCAGACAGAGCACGGGGACCCCAAACAACAGCAGCCUCUGAUGGCAUUUUCCCAAAGGUGCUGUGCAAGAGACACUGCUUCUGCCACAGCCCCACAGGGAAGGAAAACGAAACCACCCCCCAAAGUGAAGGAUGAAAUUAGCCCUAUUUUUGGCAUAAUCUUUUAGGGUUGGGAGGACACCAGUAAAACAGCUGGGUCUGCCUAGAGAGGGACACAGCAGCCAGUCAGCUCUCCUAUGGUAUGGGCAGAGGACAGAGCUGGACAGAGGAGAGCAACGUGUUCCUGCUGCGCU